AUGUUGGACAUGGCCAAGAGGGUGGCCAAGGAGGCCAUGGUGAAGGCCACGGGCACAGAGCUCGAAAAGAAGAUUGCAGAGGCGUGCAGCAACAAGCCGUGGGGCGCGUCGUCCACCAUGCUGGCCGAGCUGGCGCAGCACACCUACGACUAG